AUGGCGGCGCCUGCAUUGCCACUGCCCUGUGCGGCUCCUCAGAGCCCUCGGUUCUGUGGUCGAGCCCGGCCGGAGCGUUGUGCCUCCCGAGCAGAGGCGGAGGCCGGUGUGUUGCGUUGUCCUGGCUCUGGCGCCCGUCCUGGUGUUGGUUUUGUUUUCGUGUGGGAUGUUCCGGUUGCUGGGCUGAACCUCUUUGAAGGAGAUAUUUUACUGCCCAGAAGUCGUAGUGCAUUAAGAAGCGAGAAUCUCCGAUGGAAACUUCCCAUCCCGUUUAUCCUGCAUAACAGCCUCGAUCUAAAUGCCAAAGGGGUGAUCCUUAAAGCAUUCGAAGGAUUCGGCUUAAAGUCGUGUGUGCAGUUUAAACCUUACGAAGGAGAGAGCUCGUUUAUAAUGUUUCAGAAGUCUGAAGGGUGCUGGUCCUCACUGGGAGAUUUGAAGACAGGCCAAAACCUUUCUGUCGGUGAAGGAUGUGAUAACAAAGGCACUGUGUCACAUGAAAUUUUACAUGCGCUGGGAUUCUAUCAUGAGCAGGCCAGGACAGACCGAGAUGAUUAUAUUAAAAUCUGGUGGGAUCACAUCCUUCCAGAUCAAGCAUUCAACUUCCAGAAAUACAGCAAUGACCACCUCACCGACUUCAAUACUCCCUAUGAUUAUGAGUCCAUUAUGCACUACGGUCCUUUCUCGUUUUCUAAAAAUAAGAGUUUGCCAACGGUCACGGCCAACAUACAUGAAUUUAAUGGCGUUAUUGGUCAACGUCUGGAUUUCAGCAGCACUGACCUCCAGCGACUCAAUCAGAUGCAUAACUGCACAAGACCGCUCACACUUUUGGACCAGUGCGAUUUUGAGUCAGCUGAUAUUUGUGGCCUGGUUCAGGAUCUGAGAGACGAGGUCGACUGGACUCGUGAAAAGAGCAACUUUGAGAAUCGCGAUCACACGCUCGGCGGAAAGUGUAACGACAGUGGCUACUUCAUGUUCUUCAACACCAGCUAUGGGGAGGCAGGAGAAACUGCCAUCUUGAAAUCUCGCAUCCUGACCCCGAGGAGGAUGCAGCAGUGUCUCCAGUUCUUCUUUAAAACGACUGGGAGCCCUGACGACAAGCUUGUAAUCUGGGUAAUGAAGGACGACAGCUCCGGAACCAUUCGCAAACUGGUUAAACUUCAAACUUUUCAAGGAGAAAGUGAUCAGAACUGGAAAAUUGCCCACGUGCCCAUAAGAGUUCGAGAAAGGUUCCGGUAUCUCUUCCAAGGGCAAAAAGGCAGAACCGAUCUCUCAUCCGGAGGAAUCCUCAUCGAUGACGUCACUCUCAGCGAAACUCGGUGCCCGAAUGCUGUGUGGCAUAUCAAUAACUUCACACAUCUCCUCAACACCGCUGCUCCAGGCGACACCAUGUUGAGUCCCCGUUUUUAUAGCCCCGAAGGUUACGCUUACGGUCUGACUCUAAGAGUCUUGGGUGGUUCGGGUUCUGAAACCUACACCGGCAUCUCUUUUCACUUGACCAGCGGAGAGAACGACGGUGUUCUUGAAUGGCCGGCUCUAAACAGACAGGCCACCAUCACCAUACUGGACCAACAUGCGGACGUCAGGAAGCGGCUCUCCAUAGAAAGGAGCUUCACAACAGAGGGGACUCGGGUCCCGAAAGGAAAGAUUGAUACUUCCAGGUGGGGGAAUCCCUCUAUUCAUGGAAAAUUUGAUCCUGUCUGCAACUGUAGCAGGGGUAAAAAUUGGGGAUGGAGUAAUUUCGCCACGCACGAACUGUUGAGACAAAGGAAUUAUCUGAAAAACGAUGUCCUUGUUAUCCUUGUAGACUUUGAAGACCUAACGCAUCUCAAGGACACGGAGCGUUCCCUUCCGCAAACCUGGCACCGCUCUCAUAACCUCCCCCCGGCGCGGAGGAAAAGACUGGCCCCGCUGGAAGACUCGGCGACCGCCCUGAGCGAACCGUGUGACCCAAAUCCCUGCCAAAACGAUGGCGUCUGUGUCAGUGACCACGAGAGAGCCGACUGCAGGUGCGCCACAAGCCAGAUAUUCUUCUACACGGGCGAGAGAUGCCAGGUGCCUUUGGGGUGGUGGGAACAAAUGCAAAAUGGCUACCUCCGGAAGUAG